AUGAAGCGUAAAAACGAGGAUACAGCAUCGGCCAACGGACAAUCCAAGAAGCGCGCUGUCUCACCUACCUCAACUCACAGCAACUUCCGCAAAGGCCUCUUCGACACCGAGAGCCUCGAAAAAUAUACCCAACAAUAUGCCGAUUCGCAACCCUACAAACACGCCGUAAUCCCCUCCUUAAUCCACGACCCUCUCCUCCGCUCCGUGCGCGCCGAAAUCCUCGAAAACCUGCACUUCACCCCCAAAGAAACCGACAUCUACAAGAUCCACCAAUCCGGGGACCUCGCCAACCUUUCCGGCCUCGACUCCUCCUCCCUCUCCCGCCUACCCUCCCUCCUCACCCUCCGCGAUGCCCUCUACAGCCCUGAGUUCCGCCACUAUGUCAGCACCGUCGCGGCGUCCGGCCCGCUGUCGGGCCAAAAGACGGACAUGGCGAUCAACGUGUACACGCCUGGGUGCCAUUUGCUCUGCCACGAUGACGUGAUUGGCAGCAGGAGGGUCAGCUAUAUACUGUACCUGCUGGACCCAGACGUGCCGUGGAAGGCGGAGUACGGCGGGGCGUUGCGGCUGUAUCCGACCGAGGAGCGGACGACGAAGAAGGGCGAGGUGGCUAAGGUGCCGCGCCCGGAUUGGAGCACGGUGAUUCCGCCGCAGUGGAACCAGUUGGCGUUUUUUACGGUUCAGCCGGGGGAGAGCUUCCAUGAUGUUGAGGAGGUGUAUAGGCCGGGUGAGGGGGAGAAGGAGGAGGGUGUGGGGAGGGUCAGGAUGGCGAUUAGUGGGUGGUACCAUAUCCCGCAGGAGGGGGAGGAGGGGUACGACCCGGAGCUGGAGGCGAAGCUUGCGGAGAAAAGCUCGUUGAGUCAGCUGCAGGGCAAGACAGAUGAGUUUGACCUACCGCAGCCGCAGUGGAGGAGCUUUCCGGAGGAGUCGCCUGAGGAUGCGGAGGAGCCUGAACUGUCGGAGCAGGAUCUGUCGUUCUUGGUUAAGUAUAUCACGCCGUCGUACCUCACGCCUGACAUUGUAGAGGAGCUCUCAUCAUCAUUCCAAGAUGAGUCCUCGCUCCGGCUCUCGAACUUCCUGUCCAAGAAACUCGCGGUCCGGCUCCGCACGUUCAUUGAAGCCGCAGAGAAACACCCAGUGAUCCCAGCACCAGCCGCAGCAGCAAACAACUGUGGUGUGGCUGCUCCACCACACAAGCACCGCUUCCUGUUCCGGCAACCUCGGACGGAGCCACCAUCUACGCAGGAGGAGGCAUCACCCUACGACGAACUGCUGGACACACUUUUCCCGUCAUUAGCAUUCAAGAAAUGGCUAGCACUGGCUACAGGACUGACGCUCUCCAAGGCAAACAUCCUGGCGCGGAGGUUCAGGAGGGGAAUGGAUUACACGCUAGCGUCUAGCUACGAGGAAGAGGACCCACAGUUAGAAGUCUGUCUCGGCAUCACGCCUAGUAAAGGAUGGGGUGACGAGGACGAGGGAGAAGAAGAAGGGGAAGACGCCCAAGCCUCCUCUGGCAACGAUGCGACAAAUAGCAAGAACGGCAACAUCUCCAGCAAUUCAAAAGCCACUACCAACACCGCAGACGAAGACGACACUGUCGGCGGCUAUGAGGUCUACAUGGCCGGCGAUGACGCGGACGAGGCGGACGAUGGCUCAGACGACGGCGUCGAAAUCCCAGCUUCCCUAGCCAAGAAGAACCAGAGCAGCAGCACAGGCGCCGGCCAACGCCGCGGUGCGGGCAACAGGAAAGCAGACCCAGCGAUAUACAAGAGCAGCACCACGGACGAGGACGAUGGGGUGCUGUUCAGCAUGCCUGCGGGCUGGAACAAUAUGAGCAUCGUGCUGAGGGAUACGGGCGUGCUGAGGUUCGUCAAGUAUGUUUCUCGGAGUGCGAGGGGUGAUCGAUGGGAUGUUUGUGGGGAGUUUGGGGUUGUCGGGUUGGAGAAGGAGGACGGGGAGGGUGGGGAGGAGUGA